AUGAAGACGGGCUCUUCCACAAUGGAUGGGACAGAUGGUACUGCUGACCUUGUGAUUCACAAGAGAUUUGUAUCUGAAUCUGAGCUAGAGGAGCGACAGAAGAGGAGGCAAGAGCAAUGGGAAAAGGUCCGAAAACCUGAGGAUCCAGAAGAAUGUCCAGAGGAGGCAUACAGCUCACAUUCCUUGUCUGAAAUACUUCAGGAGCAGAGAGAAAAAAUGCAGAAGGAGUUUGAGGAGCAGUUUAAAUUCAUUCACAGCACUCUCAGUGAAGUGGGAGUCAGUGUGGACACAAAGAAGGAAACUGAGAAGAAAUUGCCCAUCAAGUCAGUGGAAAACAAGAACACAUUCUCUCAGUCAAAGCUGUUAGCAGGAGCUGUGAAACACAGUUCAGAUGGUGGUAACAGUGUGAAGAGGUUGAAACUAGAUACUGAUCAUGAUGAAAAGAAUCAAGAAAAAACAUCCUGUGUUCCCUUGGGGAGCAGCUCGGUGGGAGGCUCCACAGUCCACUGUUCCUCAGCAGCCGUGUGCAUUGGGAUCCUGCCUAGCCUGGGCACCUACUCGGGCAGCAGUGAUUCAGAGUCCAGCUCGGAUAGUGAAGGCACUAUUAAUUCCACUGGGAAGAUCAUCUCUUCUGUCUUCCAUAGCAACAAUUUCUUUGAUGGUCCAUAAUGAAAUCCCUCCAUGUGUAAUGUAGUGCAGAGUAUCUUCCAAAGCCCUGAUGGAUGCUUGAUGCAUCCUUCUGCCCCAAAUGAAAUCUUUCUAGCUAGCCUCGCAAUGUUAAUACACUCAGAUACUCCUAAAAUAACUCAUUAUAUCCCCCCCUCAGCUUUCCAUUUCUGUAAGAAAGGCUGCCAUCCUAAACCAGAAGGCACACCUAGUAACUGUCAUGGUUUAAACCCAGCCAGUAACUCAGAACCACGCAGCCGCUUGCUUACUCCUCCCCUCCUCCCCCCAUUCCUGGAGGGAUGGGGAGGAGAAUCAAAAGAAUGUAAAUCCCACAGGUUGAGAUGAGAACAGUCCAGUAACUAAGGUGUAAUACAAAACCACUACUCCUACCACCAAUAACAAUAAUGAUAAAGGAAAUAACAAGGGGUGAGAAUAUAAAACUAAAAGGGGAAAGGGAAGAAAACAAUAAACACAAGUGACGCCCAAUAUAAUUGCUCAUCACCCACCAACUGAUACCUAGCCUGACCCAAGCAGCGAUCUGAGCCUUCUGGGUAACUCCCCCAGUUUCUAUACUGGGCAUGACCUGCUGUGGUGUAGAGUAUCACUUUGGUUAAUUUGGAUCAGGUGUCCUGUCUCUGCUUCCUCCCAACUUCCCCUCCUCCCUGUCAGAGCAUGAGGCUGAGAAAGUCCUUGAUUGGAGUAAACAUUACUUAGCAACAACUAAAAACAUUGGUGUGUUAUCAGCACUGUUCUCAGACUGAAGUCGAAAACACAGCAUUGCACCAGCUACUAAGAAGGAGAAAAAUAACUGUUAUAGCUGAACCCAGGACAGAACAUAAUGAAGGUAUGAGGGUAGGGAAGAGGGAGCCUUAUCUUUAAAAUUUUUAUGGAAAGAAUGAAUUCUGGUGAUCUAAGAAGUUUGCACAAGACUAACAGGCAAAAAACACUCACUUGAAGAAAUUAAGUCUUAUAGAAAGAGCCAUGUGUUCUGUAUUAAAAUGUUAUUUUUAUUCUGUAUUUGAGAAAUGGGGCACAGCAAA